AUGACAGAUAACCCCGGAGGUGCCAGAGUGUGCCACUUAGAUCAACACCUUCAGCAUCCCAGCAUGGAAAAUCCCCAGAAGACGGAGGUGGUUCUCCUCGCCUGUGGCUCCUUUAACCCGAUUACCAACAUGCACCUCCGGCUGUUUGAGCUGGCCAAGGACCACAUGAACGCAACAGGAAAAUACAGAGUUACCAAAGGCAUCAUUUCUCCCGUCGGCGACGCCUACAAGAAGAAAGGUCUCAUCUCUGCCCACCACCGAGUGGUCAUGGCCCAGCUGGCCACCAAGAGCUCCGGCUGGGUGGAGGUGGACACCUGGGAGAGCCUGCAGAAGGAGUGGGUAGAGACUGCGAAGGUGCUCAGACACCACCAGGAGAGGCUGGAGGCCAGCGGCGGCGAGCGGCAGGACUCCCCUGUGCUGGAGAGGCCUGGCCGGAAGAGGAAGUGGACGGAACAGAGAUCAGAAGUUAGUCAGAAGAAGCCCCUAGAGCCGCAGAGAAAAGACGUGCCCAGGGUCAAGCUGCUGUGCGGGGCGGAUCUGCUGGAGUCCUUCGGGGUCCCCGACCUGUGGAAGCGCGAGGACAUCGCCAACAUCGUGGGGAGCUACGGGCUGGUGUGCGUCACCCGGGCUGGGAACGAUGCUCAGAGGUUCAUCUACGAGUCGGACGUGCUGUGGCGACACCAGGCCAACAUCCACCUGGUCAACGAGUGGAUUACCAACGACAUCUCGUCCACCAAGAUCCGGCGAGCCCUCCGCAGGAGCCAGAGCAUCCGCUACUUGGUGCCGGAUCUCGUCCAAGAAUACAUCGAGAAGCAUGAUUUGUACAGCGCCGAGAGCGAGGAGAGGAACGUGGGGGUCAUCCUGGCGCCGCUGCAGAGAAACAGGGCCGCCACGAACUCCAGAACCACCACGGCCUGA